AACCAUAAAAAAAUACGUCACAAGUGUCCGAUAGCAGAAAAUUAUUUAAUAUGAAAUCGAAAGAUAACCCCAACGAAUUACCGGUUAAUUUAUCUAAAAAUCAGAUAUCGAGAAUGAAGUCAAAACAGUUGAAUUCUAAAAGAAGUGACGACUUCACACCCCCUGAUGGAGGCUGGGGUUGGAUGAUAGUUGUAGCAGCUGGGUUGUCUAAUCUAGCAGCGCUGCCAACCUUACAGCAGUUCGGUCUGCUCUUUCGAGACAAGUUUGCGAGGUUGGCAAUCACCAGUUCGGAGACUACUACGAUCAUCAACAUGCACUCCGCCCUCAACUCAUGCGUCGGUUUAGCGAAUGGACCGGUAUUCAAAACUUUUAGUUACCGCCAAGUUUCUUUGACGGGGGCCAUAGUGGUCUUUAUAUCAUUGCUUUGUACUACAUUCUCUUACAAUUUCAUGACGUAUUUAAUAUCUAUAUCGAUUCUGUACGGAGCUGGUUAUGGCAUCAGUAGUUCCGCCAAUGCUCUAGCUUUAAAUACUUACUGGAAGGAAAGACGCCGGCUAGCAACUGGUCUUUCUUGGACCGCUACUGGUCUGGGGCCUAUUCUAUGGCCUCAUAUCAUUACAGCGUUAUUUGCUAUGUUUGGUGAGACAGGAACAAUGUUGCUUCUAUGUGGAUUCUCAUUACACUCCAUUGCGUGUGCGCUUCUCCUACAACCAGUAGAAUGGCAUACAAAACAAAGAGAUCCAAAAGAUAAAGAUGCUGAAAUGUUAUUAAAAACAGAACACAAAUCAAAUACGGUUGAUGAUAAUAAAAAAGACGAAAGUGGGUAUUUCAGCCAGGUCUCUAAAAUUAAGAAUUUAAGCCUAUUUUCAAGCCAAUAUCUUUAUAAUGAAGAUGAUCCCGUGACUCCAGGUUACGAAAUAACAGACCCUGGUGUGCCUAUGAUGUUACGGGCAAAUGACGGUUAUUACAGUCAAUCUAGGCAGUCAAAAAGUAAGAUCUCGUCUAGAGAUGGAUCAGCAAAAAAUUCCACAUUAAAUUCAAAAAAGACGUCCAUGUCGAAUUUACUAGAAGAUCGAUCUAGGAAAUCUUCUACUUUGUAUUUAAACGAGUCAAAGAAAAACUCAUCGGCAAAUUUGGGAGCUUUAGCACAGGAGAGAGACACAAAACAAAGUAACAAACCCAAACGAAAAACUUCAAUAACUAUUAAUACUCAAAUUCUCGAGUCAGAAGUAGAAGACUGCCCGACACUCAAGGCUCCCCAAGAUUUAAAGCCCGAUGAAAAAGUUGUGGUUGAAAAUAUAGAUCCAGAAAAAGCUAAGAUCAUUGCUGACAGAGCUGAAAAACACUUUGUGGGGACUAGAAGCAUAAAAUCUUUUAAAAUGGACGGACAGUAUGGAGAACAGUAUAAUAAAGACAAUCACAGUAACAUAUCAUUUAAAAACCCAGAAGAGAAUGAGGAACGCAAAUAUUUAAAAGACAACCACAGUAAUCAAUCAUAUCGCACUCGAAAUAGGCGGAAAUCGAAUAACUUUAAUUACGAAAGUGAAGUUCUGAAACAAGCCUCUUUAAAAUUAGAAGAAUAUUUAAAAGAAAAUGAAGAUACUAAGCCAGCAGAUAAAUAUAAAAUACUUGUGACUGCUCCAGUAGCUACUGACACUUUUGAUGAUAAAAAAGACGAUAAGAAAAAAUAUGAAGAAGAAGAAGAAGAAGAGGAAGUACCAGUUUCCUUUUGUGAAAAAGUAGCACUAUUUUUUGAUUUAGAUCUCCUCAAAGAUUUUACUUUCAUAAAUCUAAUGUUAGGUGUGACCUUGGCAAGUUUUAAUGAACUUAACUUUUCAAUCUUAACUCCGUUUAUUUUGGGUGAUUUCGGAUUGAGCAAACCUCAAGUUGCAUUUUUCAUGUCAUUGUUAGCGGGUGUUGACAUAACUGUGAGGUUUUGUGUGCCAUUCGUGGCCGGGAAGAUUGGAUGGGAUAAUAAUACAUUCUUUCUCGUUGGGGUACUUUCUAUGGCGAUGGGGAGAGUUGUAUUGGCAUAUUGGCAGGAUUAUACGGUAAUCAUCCUAGUGGCUUUUAUCAUAGGCUUUGGUAAAGGUCUUCGGACGGUCUUCAUGGCGCUAGUCAUUCCUACUCAUGUUCCUUUACAUAAACUGCCAGGGGCUUCUGGUUUACAGCUGAUGACAGCUGGAAUAGUGUACCUCGCAUUAGGACCAGUAGUCGGUUGGAUCAAAGACAACGCAUCUACAGCAGUCACACUUCACUGCCUAAACAUAUUUACGUAUUUAACGGCCAUUUCCUGGGGUCUAGAAAAAUAUUUCAUAACAAAAAGAUUGAAAAAAGAAGCUGAACUCACGAAAGUGGAUGUGACAAAUUUCACGCUUAAAUCGAGUUUUGAGACGAUGUCUCCGUCUAUGAACAAAGUGCCCCCUGAAGGGGGCUAUGGAUGGGUUGUCACUUUCGCCUAUGCCUUGAACAAUGUAGUUGUUCUCCCUUUAAUUGCCGGUUUUGGUUUAAUUUUUCAAGAAGCGUUUGACGAGACAGGUUUGUCUGCAACACAAGGGACUCUAGUCAUUAUACUAAACCAUGGUUUCGGAAUGCUGCUGUCAUUCUUCGGCGGCCCUGUUCUUCGACGUUUUGGAUACAGAAAAGUGGCAGUCGUCGGUGCUUUAUUGAUUACAUCCGGGCUUAUUCUGACCUCUAUUGCCAGCAACUUCUGGAUAUUCAUAUUUUCUUACAGCAUAAUAAACUCAAUGGGAGUUGCAGCAGUCAUGGCAGCCUUUUCUUUAGCAAUAAAUUCAUUCUUUAAAGAGAAAAGAGGUCGUGCAAUUGGUGUUGGCAUGUCCAUUACAGGUCUAGGAGCAAUAUAUAUGCCGCUUCUUAUGAGUUUGCUUAUGAAUACCUACGGCUGGAGGUACGCUGUACUUAUUUUAGGAGGUAUUUGCCUGCAUUCAUUAUUAGGAGCGUGUUUACUUAGACCGGCAAAAUGGUACUUAAAAGACCCACCUCAAGAUGAAGCAAUGGUACCUUUAAACGUCGAAGUUGAUUCAAAUCACGUUGAUCAGAUCAGCACUGAACCAUUAAGUUUUUCAGAUGCGGAAUUAUCAAGACAUUUAGAAGAAAAUCUAAAAAAUGGUAUGGCAAAAAGUGCUUCAAUCAGAUCUUUAUCAACUACAAACGGUCCUCAUACAAGAAACGCUGUAUCUCAUCCAGAUAUAAGAAAAGUAGAUUCAGAUCCGCCUCUAGCUGCUUCUAGAUAUAAAUGGUGGGAAUCUCAAGAAAUUAAUUUGAGUAGCUCUAUUAAUAUAUUUAAAGAAAUCGAUCAGCCCCGAAAAAAAGAGAUCGAUUUUAAUGAGUAUAUAAUGGAAAAAGAGGGUAUAAAAAAGACUAUGGUCCAAAGAUUUGUCGAUUUCUUUGACCUUACACUCCUUAGAGAUCCUAUAUUCGUCAAUAUACUUCUUGGUUUGUCGAUCGCCUCUUGUGUGGAGACAAAUUUUUCUCUGUUAUUGCCUAUUAUCAUGAAAGAUAUGUUGAAAUUCGAUACUUCCGAUAUUGCGAAAAUAAUGGCAGUAGUUGGAUUCUCAGAUACAGUAUUCAGACUGGUCUCCCCGUUUAUAGGUGAAUGGUGCAAUAAACCUCCAAGGGUUAUGUAUUUGGUUAGCUUGCUCAUAAUCGUCUUUACAAGAACAAUAAUGUUAUUCACGACAUCUUUUAGCGGUAUGUUACUCGUUGCUCUGGCUAUGGGAGUGACCAAAGGCGUCAGAACCGUGUAUAUGAAUAUUAUAAUACCAAGUUACGUGCCUUUAGAAAGACUGCCUUUCGCUUCCGGCAUUCAGAUGUUCAUCAAUGGAGUUAUAAUCAUCACUAUCGGAUCACUUCUGGGUCGGAUACGCGACUUGUCAGGAUCCUACAGAAUACCAAUUACAGUUUUGAACAUCGUGACGAUGCUUACGGUAGUUUUGUGGAGCGCCGAGUUCUUGUACUCCAAGCUGAAGAAUAAAACUAACGAGCAAUCUUCUUAACACAUUUAUUAAAGAUAUAUAUUUAUGAAUGUUCCUACUUGCGAAAGCAAACAUCACUUAUGUCUUAUAAGGUUUUUGUGUUCAUACCUUAAGUUGUACAUAUAGUAAAUAUUAAAUUAUACGACUUAUGAACUAAGUA